AUCCAAUCUCAAAUAUAAACGAUCGAUCAACAAUAAUACGUUUCCUGUGAUAAAUUAAAUACCAUUUUUAUCUAUAACAAUUUUAUAAGUAAAAAAAUUGUAGCAGCUUUGUUAAAUAAAAUUGAUUUGCUAUAUAAACGCAUGUAUGAAUCCAAUUUUAAGUUUUAUUAACAUAGUAUCUAUUGAAAAAAAACUACCCAAAGCUAUGCAUCCUAUAAUUUUGUUUUUGGUUGGAGCCGUAUUUGUAUACGGAGCAAAUUCAAGUGAUUGUACACCAGGUCAACGUUGGGCUGAUCCUGAUGAUUGCUCGUUAUUUUAUGAGUGUGACAGUGACGGAAAAGUACAGCACUGGCCAUGCCCUAUGGGAUUGUUUUUUAACAGUACCUCAAAUGUUUGCGAUGAAUCAAAUAAUGUUGAAUGUACCUGCAAAUCAAGUCAAUAUUGGCCUUAUCAUGGUGACUGUUCGAGGUUCUACUACUGCAAAAAUAGUAAAAUAUAUAUAGCUCAAUGUCCCAAAGACUUUUUCUUUGAUGACCAGCAAAACAUUUGUGAUCGCCACGAAAAUGUUCAUUGUUAUUCUAAACUAUUUCAAUUCUGGCCCGAUCCCAAAGAUUGUUCUAAGUAUUAUGUUUAUAAUCAAGAUGGUAAAAUAGGUCAUUUUGAGUGCUCCAAAGGAUUGUUCUUUAGCAAUCUAGCCAAUCUUUGUGCACCCCCUGAAACUGUUAACUGUCCCUGGAAUAAUAAUUAAAAGCGGCGCUGACUUACAGAUACAAAAUAGUGAUCGAAGAAUAUUUCGGAUUGUACAAAAAAACUACUUAAUUCAUUUAUUAGCUAAAUAAAAAUAUUAAAUAUUCGG